AUGAAUGAUUCUUCGUUUGGUUUUCGAAAUAUAAAAGGAUAUAUUACAUUGGGAGAUGAUGGUUAUAUUUGGUAUAAAUUCUUAAAUACUGCUGAAAUUUCAUUUGAAAUUCCUUCAUUUUCUUGGAAUGACGGAGAUAUUUUUGGUUGUGGAUUAGUUUUUCCACCCACAAAAAUGUUAGAAAAACAUCCAUAUGUUUUCUUUACACAAAAUGGAGAUCAGAUUGGUAAAGCAGUAUUAUUGAAGGAAGAAAGUGAUGAUUAUUAUGAGUUAUAUUUAAGUUUAUAUUGCUCUUCUAUAGAAACAAACUUUGGUAAUGAUUUAAAAACUAAACCAUUUUGUUUUGACAUUUCUAAACAUUUGUUUGCUGAGGAAUUUUAUAAUUAA